GGUGACGCGCAAAUGAGCAUUACCUGUUCGUUCUAGUCAACGUUGCGCACAUCGUUUUAAUCUUACGAAGAUUAUUUGAUAUAGAAUCGCUGGGUUUUCUCUCACGGUGCCACAGUUAUCCGGUCUUUGGCCUGCAACGGUUCUACUUUUGUUCUCUCCCUGAGCGGGAUCACAGAGAGCAGAGAUGUAUAACGGUAUUGGGCUGACCACGCCGCGAGGCAGCGGCACAAACGGCUAUGUUCAACGUAACCUGUCCAGCAUACGUGUGAAGAGGAACCGGGAUGAGCGCGGAGGAGAGCGAGAUGAGAAGGACAAAGAGAGACUGGAGAGCCAGCUGAACAGACAACCCAACGCUGAUAUCCUGGAGCAUCAGAGGAAGAGACAGCUGGAGGUGAAGUGUGCUGAGCUGCAGGACAUGAUGGAGGAGCAGGGGUACUCUGCAGAGGAGAUUGAAGAGAAGGUCAACACCUUUCGUUUGAUGCUGCAAGAAAGACAAGAACCUGCACCUCCUCCAACAGAGAAGACAGCUGUGACAGAGACUCAUGCUCUGGCAGCUGCUAACCAGCAAAAAAAUGACCGCCUGAGACAAGCGUUCGGCAUCAGCUCUGACUAUGUUGACGGCUCAUCCUUUAACCCUGACCGGAAGGAGCGAGAGAAGGAGAAGAGGGAGCAGGAGAGACUGGAACGAGAGAAGCAGCAGCAGUACCAAAUUAUUGAGUCUGAUGACACUGAUUCAUCUACUGAGCAAAAAAAGAGCCGCAAGAAGAAGAAAAAGAAAAACAAAAGUAGAGAGAGCUCUGAAAGCCCCUCACCCUCCCCUCACCGAGAGAAGAAAAAGGACAAGAAGAAAAAAAAGAAAAGGGAGGAGUCAAUGAAGAGUGACACUGAGAGCAGUUCAUCAGAUGAAAAAGAAACAUCCAAAGGAAAGAGAAAAAGGAGUGACAAUGAGGCUCCACCUCCCAGUAAGAGCCGGAGACGGCAGAGUGCAUCACCCAGUCCAGCUCGCAGCCAAUCCCCUCAAAGAGGGAAGCAGCAGAAAAAAACUGAUUCUCGUCCAGAAGAGGUGAGGAAAGGAAGAUCCCCCGACAGGAGACGGCGUGGCCGCAGUCAAGAAAGUCCUAAGAGAAUGGAAGUCAGAGAGAGGUCACCAAGACGCUCAAGAACCCCUGAGCACAACAAAAGAGACAAAGGUCGAGAGCGUGAGAGAGCAGAGCGUGAGAGAGAACAAGUGCAAGAAAAACCUCAGAGGAAACGUCAUGACUCUUCAUCACAUUCUCCACCUCCAAAGCAGCAGCUGGACAGACGCCCAAGGAGUGAAGAGAGGGAGAAACCCCCUCAAACAAGAAGACACGACUCCUCUUCACCAUCUCCACCACCAAACAAGCAGCGGCAAGACCGAAGACAAAGGAGUGAGGAGAGGCCGAAAGCCCCUCUGCGUAAAAGGCCUGACUCUUCAUCCCGAUCUCCCUCUCCUAAGCAGCAGAGAGACCGAAGGGACGAUGGGAGGAAGAACAAAGUUCAAAGUAGACAUGACUCCUCCUCCUCAUCAUCAUCAUCUUCAUCGCCAUCCCCAUCUCCCUCCCCACGUAAAGACAGAACAAGAAGAGGUCACAGUGGGGAGAAAGGGAGAGCUCCUUCACCAAGAGACAGAGGGAAAGACCGGGCAAGAGGAGGGGAGAGGAUUGGUGACAGAGAUACAAUCUCAGUCGGCAGAAAAGAUGACAGAGGACGAGAUGGUGAUAAAGCAAAGGAGCAAGCUCGAAAUCGAUCUAGUGACUCCAUGUCUCCUAAGCGUUCACCUUUUGCCAAUGGAAGGCAGAAAGAACGAGAACUGGAGAAGGAAAGACAAGAACAGCGAGACAGGGAGAGAAGACGAGAGGAGGAGAUGAGAGAAGAAGCUCUGAGGAAAGCUAGAGAGAGCGACAGAGAAAAGGAGAGAAACCGUAGUAGAAGAGAAGAGGUGUCCCAUUCAGACAGGACGUCCUCCUCUAGGUGUCAGCCUGAGGACAGACGGGGAAUUAGAGGAAGUGAGGCAGAGCAAGAGGUGCUCAAGAAAGACAGGAUAACGGAAGAAAACAAGAGGCAGGAGAAAAGUCCCCUGCACCAAAAGAUUGAGAAACUGACUCAAAAAGAAAAGACUGGACAGAAAGACAAAGCUAAAGCUGCGAGCAGUAGCAGUAGUAGCAGCAGCAGCAGUAGCAGCAGUGAGAGUGACAGUGACAGCUCCUCCUCAUCAUCAUCAUCUUCGUCCUCGUCCUCCUCAUCUUCAUCCUCAGAUGAUGACAAGAAGAAAAAGCAGAGUUCAAAAGAGAGCAGCUCUGCCAGUAAGUCAGUUCCUAAUGCAGUCAUCGCUCAGGCCAUUGCUCGCAGAGAGAAAGAGAACCGAGUAAGGAAUGGGGAGAGUGAUGAAGGCAGGAAGACCUACCCUCACAUACAAAGACAGAGCUCACCUCCUGAGCCCCAGAGUAAAAGAGUUGAUGUUGAGAAGAAUCAGCAAGACCCAGAGAGAGACCGGAGACCUGGUCAGUCCUCAUCUUCGUUCACUGUAAUGAAUGAUCGGGAACGUGGAAAAGAGAGGUACACUCCCACUGAGACUUCUAGUCCCCCUCUUUCACCCCCUCAGAGAGUCCUGGAGAGAGCAGCUCAGGUUGCGGAAAGGUACACAGCUUCAAGAGAAAGCCAAUCUCAGAGCAGAGGUCGAGGAGGUGAGCGAUAUUCGCCAUCAGCGCUGGAACAAGAGUCGUCACGUCCUUCACCGAGCAGAGGAAGAGAUCGACAGAGUGACCAAAGGAAGGAGGCAUUGCCUUUGUCUCCAAGAGGAAAAGGAAGGAUUGACGCUCCACAGGUUAAACAAGGAGCUUCUCGGCCUUCGCCAAAACGCACUCCACCAAGACAAUACCAGGACCCUCAACGUUCACUUUCCCCAAGUCCAAGACGGGGGAUCAGAAGACUGUCACCUCCACGCAACUAUUCCCCUUCUAGACGGGACCGCAGCCGGGAACGCCUUCGAGAACGAGAGCGAGAUCGAUUUAGAGCAAGACCAGCAGACAGAGAUCGAGAGCGUUCCAGGGAGAGGAGGACGAGGAACAGCAGGUCAAGGAGUCCCCGAAGACCGAGUCCUCCCUACAGAUCUCGCCGUUCCCCCUCACCGGCACGUCGGCGCAGAAGUAGUCGCUCCUUAUCAAGGGAAAGGGAAAGGGAGAGAGAGCAGGAGAGGAGGAGGAAUCGAGAGCGGGACAGGCAGCGUGAACAGGAGAGAGAGAAAGAGCGAGAACAAAGGACAAGAGUGCCGCCUAAAGAUCUUACUCCUCCACGCCGCUCGCCAUCCUCUUCCUCUAGUUCCUCCUCUUCAUCCUCACCCUCUCCUCAAAGACCCAUGAGGGGUGUAAAACCAACUGAUGCAGAUAAAGAUAGAUCAAGGGAAGCUAAUGAACUGGCUAGGAAUAAGCAGCCAGAAAGGACCUCCAAACAUCGAUCUCCCUCCCCUCCUCGAGAGUCUCGCCUCUCUCUUCCUCUGUCUUAUCGUGAUGUACCUGCCCAUUCAAAAUCACCAACAAGCAGGGAUCCACCGGGAGGUCGAUUAAGAAGGCAAUCCCCAACAUCUGUUCAUGAGCCAUCAGCGAGAGGAAAGGCUGCAGUGAACGGGAAAUCAGAGAAAGAGAGCUCUGCCAAACAGCAAAAGAGAAGCAGCUCAAGUUCUUCAUCUUCCUCAUCGUCCUCCUCGUCCUCUUCCUCAUCAUCAUCCUCAUCAGGCAGUUCAGACUCUGAAGCAGAGAAAGAAAAAGCGGGUGUUAAAGCAAGCACAAAUAAAAAUGCUGGAAAGACAGCAAAAAGCAGAGCUUCUUCGUCAUCCUCCUCAUCUGAAAGUGAGAAAGAAAAGAAAACAAAAAGUCCUCCACGGCCAAAAAGAGUGCCAGCGGACUCGCUCAGAGACUCUCGGUCACUCAGCUACUCUCCUCCAGCAAGGCAGCGAAGACCUGCACAUUCUCCACCCUCUCGACGCGUUGCAAGCAGGAAGUCAAGGAGCCGAUCUCCAGACAGUCGACGGAGGAAAUGAGUGAAUCGUUGUUUGUUUUCUGGACACUUACCUGACCCUCACUGGAUUGGAUCUUCUGUAUCCUAUGGAUGAGGCUAGAAAUGUGACUAGUUUUAAUGGUGGUGCCCUCACCAUUUGUAGAGGAAGAUCUGUCAAAGCCUGGUUCUUUGUAACUCUCCCAAAAAGGGAGGAUUUAUUUUUACUUUUAAUAUGUUGUAAUUAAUGUUCAAGCAGAGGUCAGCUGAGACACUGAAGCGCUCAUCAACUAUUGCUCCGUGCUAACAGAUGCUGGACUCUAUUUGUAUACACGCGCGCACACACACACAAACAUGCGCAAAUCACACGUCUAGUGGUUUUCUGUCUGCUACAUUGUUCUGAAUGUAGAUGAACUUCUGUAAUUUGCUGUUCAGAAUGGAUGAUUUACUCUUCCUGCAUAUGUGGACAGAGUCUGUUUCUUUUUGUUUAUUUGUGGAAAAGGAAAAGAACUGAAUAAUAAAAUGGCGGUAGAAUCUUC